AUGACGGCCGAUGUCACGUUUCCUAGCAGUAUCACAUCGAACACAGGUGCCUUCUUACAAUCUGACCUUCGACUUCCCGACGACUCAAUGCCGUUUCUCACACAGCGCUAUGCUCUGCCAAUCCACCAUGCCAGCUUACGCAAAGACAGCGACGAUGCCCUCCUCGACAGCGGCGAGCGAACCCCUCGCGCUGAGAAUACCCUCCGGCGUAAGACACCAAAUGGCACCUUGAACGCCGGCUAUGAUGGAUCUGUGGAUUAUGCAACGCCUCCGCUGAAACAUCAGCUUCUGCCCAUCAGCGAGGGCAACUCAUCAAGACUAGCUCAAAUCCCUCUUCCGAACCCCAAGCGAACAUUUGUCCAGCACCAACAUCACCAAAGGCAAACAUCAGGGCUAGGCGGUUGGAGUGGACAGGUCGUUUCAGGUUGGCAAGGCGGGCAAUUCGGUCAACCACAGACUUCCUUCCCCGUGAUGGACUCCAUGCUGAAUCAAGGUCUGCCAGCACAACCAUGGAAUGUACAGCAGUACUAUGGACAGACCGUCCCCAGCGUCAUCCAGCCUUCAUUCACCUAUCUAGGGCCUACGGCGUCAGGAGGUCAAGGCUCGGGUCCGUAUGGGCCUUAUUGGCAUGACGGCACUUUUGUGCCCUAUCGACCUGCUGCCAUUCGAGAUCCACGUUUCUAUCAUCAUCCGACUAAUUUCAUCGGUUCACUGCCGAGCUCUCAUCUUGCCCACCAGGCUCAUUUGUGGCAGCAGACCACGCCCACACCAAAUCCAUGGACGCCAUUACCAGGCAUGGGUCCAUACACGCCUCCAGCGUACAACUUCCCACUCGCCUCUCAGCAACCCUCUUUCGGCCCAGGUUACGGUCACGGCUCUGUUCUUCCAAACGACAACCGAUUUCAUCCAUCAGUGCAAGACCAGGUCGCACGUCAUCCAGAAUCGAUAGACUUCCGCCAACAUGCGUUGAGUGUUGAAAAUGAGUUUGGAUCGACUUCUCCGAACGGACGUCAGCGUGACAAGACCUUCUCGUGGGCGUUGCAGCAGUAUAGGGAACUUCUGGGAUUUAUCCACCACACGCGGCGCCAGCAGCAGCAAAACAGGCAUGCCCAUGGCCAUCAGCAUGUACCACAACGGCCCAGCAUAUACCCAAAGCCACCAAAACAGUCCGCAUCUGGAUCGUCAGUGCAAUUGCCCAAAUCGAAGACAGACACAGACCUUUUGCAAAGCAACAACGACGAAGAUCCACCACUUGGCGAUGCACAGGCUGAAGGGGUGCACUCUCUCGACUCCACGCCCAAGCAAAGUACCACCACUGUAUGGUCACCGAGCGGAGUGCAAUUCAAUGACAACGAAUAUCAACGACGUGCAUCACACGAACAGUAUCGGAGGUCGCAAGACUCCACCUUUCCGAUUCCGCCUUCACUGGACGUUCAGCGCACCUUGCGUCGUUCUACAGGAUCUUCAGUCGCGGCCAUUUUGUCACCUCUCCCACUGGACGAUUCGCCGCCUUCACGAGCAGCAACGGCUCUCUCGUACAUCACGAAGUUGUGUCAAGAAACAGAUUGGCAGUGGAUCGAUGGGAUGCAUCUGGGUGGCUGUCUUGCGUAUGGUCUUGGCAACUAUCAGAAAGCGCAUCGAUGGUACACGAAAGUUUUGGAGAGAGAUCCAAAACAUCUAGAAGCUACAUCUAACCUAGCAGCUACCCUACUCGCACUAGGACAACGCCAAGAGGCUGAGCAGCAUUGGAUGCAGGUUGUGAAAGCUGCACCGAAUCACUUCGAGGCCGUCGAGCAUUUGGUCGGAGUGCUAUGCCACGACCACCGCAGCAAGGACGCUAUCAAGGUCAUUGAGCAUGUGGAACGCUCACUGCGGCACCCAAAGAGUCCAGACACGCUCAAAGCGUCAGAUCGACAGAGUGAAUGUUCAUCCUCGACAGCCAGCAGGUCCCCUUCCACUUCAGAGCAGUCGGACAAGAUCUCGUACGACUUCGACGCCGAAGGCGAUGGCCUUAGCAAUGUGGACUGGCGAGACGCAAGUGGAUCCUCCGAGCCAGGCUUCGGAUCUAGUGGCUUUGCCAUAUCUGGUUGCGACAACGGCAGAAUACUGGCACUCAUCCACGCCAAAGGCAAUAUGCUGUAUGGCUUGGGUGACAAUGCUGGCGCUGCGCGAGCGUUUGAAGAUGCUGUGCUCAUUGCGGCUGGUAGACAUCUGGAAGGUAUCCAAGGCCUGGUCAAGCAUAUCCUGACGGUGGUAUCUUCUCAUCUGCAGCUUCGUUAUGGGCAGCAGUCCGCUACACCCUCUGGAGAGCCUGUUCUCCUAUCCCCAGAUCAGGCCUUGGCAACUUCGAAGUUGUGCUUUCCCGUCCACGGUGAACUACCCGGACUUGUCCACAUCGCAGGGGGCCCACAAGGUUUGGCACGCAAAGCAUCCAUCUCGACAACAAGUAAUUCCUUGCUGUCGCUCGCGAAGAUCUUCCAGGAUGGCAUGUCAAAUGCAAAUCGUUCAGCCGGCGUCCCGCCUCUCGCUCACGGAGUCCGCGACAUUCUUGCGUUGUACUACCUGUCUCUGUCUUUGCAACCCAGUCCUUCGACUGCAAACAAUGUGGGCAUUUUGCUUGCAAGUGUGCAACAGGCCGCUGUGCCCACGAACGUCAGGCAAAAGUCCGACAUACCGGGUGUUACUCCUGGCAGCGGUAUUGCGCUUGCAUUACAAUACUACAACUACGGUCUGCAGCUCGACUCACACCAUGCUCAUCUCUACACGAAUCUUGGCAGCUUGCUUAAGGACAUUGGCCAGCUCGACGCGGCGAUCAACAUGUACGAGCGAGCUGUGAGGUGUGAUCCGAAGUUCGACAUCGCCCUGGCAAACCUAGCGAAUGCCGUCAAAGACAAGGGACGAAUUAGCGAUGCGAUUGGAUACUACAAACGAGCCGUGGAGGUCAGCCCUGAGUUUGCGGAAGCUGUCUGCGGUUUGGCGAAUGCCCUGAAUUCGGUCUGUAGCUGGCAAGCACGAGGUGGUAUUGCUGAAGAAGGUGGACGACGGGACAGAUGGCACGUCGCUCCAACUGGUAUGCUUCUGGAUGCGAGCCAGCCGGGGGCGUCAAGUUCUGGGUGGAUCAAGCGCGUUGUUGACAUUGUCGAGAAACAACUAAGGGAGGGUGAGAAUUGGGGUCGAGGGGCGAUUACUUCUGCACUCCAAGAAGACUUGAUCCAGCAAUGUCUGGCUUUAGAAGGUCGACACGAAGGCACCAAGGAGCGAGGACAGGGCUUACAGAAGAGUUUGAUUGAGUGGUCAGGUCAUAAGUGGGAGGGAGCUCGAAUCACUCGCCUGGUCGAGCGUGUCACCAGACGAAUUGGUUGGCAUUGGUAUCGAGACACCUACGUCAAGAAGCGACAACGGACGCCCUCGAGCUACAACCGACCACAACUACCUGCGACAUUGACAGUACCGACUGCGCCAACGGUUCUACCAUUCCACACCUUCACUUGCCCCAUGUCGGCAAAGCAGAUCCGAUUGAUCUCGCAACGCAAUGGUCUGCGAAUUUCAGUAUCGACGCUUCGAGCUCCGUGGUUGCCCAGGCAGGUGUACCCGCCGCCAAAACCACCUGCACAGUAUCUGCGCGUGGGAUACAUUUCUUCCGACUUCAACAACCAUCCUCUAGCUCAUCUGAUGCAGUCAGUCUUCGGCCUGCACGACACGAAGAGGGUCAAGGCGUACUGCUAUGCGACCACAGCAAGCGAUAAUUCUAUUCACCGUCAGCAAAUCCAGAGAGAGGCACCGGCCUUUCACGAUGCAAGCUCGUGGUCUGCAGAGAGGCUGGUCAAUCAGAUUGUUCAGGAUGGAAUUCACAUCCUUGUCAACCUUAAUGGAUAUACUCGUGGCGCACGCAAUGAGGUCUUCGCUGCUCGACCAGCACCGAUUCAAAUGUCGUUCAUGGGAUUUGCAGGGACGCUUGGGGCAGAGUGGUGCGACUACCUCCUCGCAGACGAUACUGCAGUCCCACCCGACACGCUUCGGCCUUGGAGGAGGAACAUUGACGUUGAAGACCAGCUUGUGGAUGAGAACAGCGGUGGCGACAACAACGACUGGGUGUAUGGCGAAAACAUCAUCUACUGCCGCGACACAUUCUUCUGCUGCGAUCACAAACAGAGCGCUCCAGAUGCACACGAGAAACACAUUACUUGGGACGAAGAGCAGAGACGGCGGUGGCAGAUGCGUAAGGAACUGUUCCCGCAGAUAUCGGACGACACGAUCAUCUUUGGGAACUUCAAUCAGCUCUACAAGAUCGAACCGACCGCCUUCCGCACCUGGCUUCGCAUCCUCGCCCGUGUGCCCAACUCAAUCCUCUGGCUGCUCAGAUUUCCCGAUCUGGGCGAAUCGCAUCUGCUCGCUACAGCCAAGAUGUGGGCUGGCUCAGAAGUAGCCUCGCGGGUCAUUUUCACCGAUGUUGCACCCAAGCACCUUCAUAUCUCUCGUGCAAGGAUUUGUGACCUCGUCCUGGAUACCGCCGAGUGCAACGCCCACACGACAGCAGCCGAUGUUCUCUGGAGCGGGACACCUCUCCUGACCCUCCCACGAUACCCUUACAAAAUGUGCAGCCGCAUGGCCGCCAGCAUCCUCAAAGGCGCGCUCCCCAAGAACCCCGAAGGCGACCGCGCUGCCACGGAGCUCAUCGCAUCCGACGAAGAAGACUACGAAGAGAAGGCCGUGGCGCUAGGCAUAUCAUUCUGUUACCUGGCCGGCGGCACCGGCGUUAGCCAAGGAAGGCUCAAGGAGUUGCGCAAGAUGCUGUUCCACGCUCGCUGGAGCAGCGCGCUGUUCGAUACCAAGCGCUGGGUGGCGGAUUUGGAGGACGCAUAUGACGAGGCGUGGAAACGUUGGGUUUCGGGCGAAGGGGGCGAUAUUUGGUUGGAUCAGGUGCCUCGUAAGAAGGAGGAGUAG